CGCAGAGCCCUAAUUAAACACAUAGCACACAGGUGUGAUCCUCCGCUCUCCUACAGCUCGCCUCCUGUCUGCUCUGAGAACAUGACUUCAUAUAGAAAAAUGAAAUAAACACACUUAACAGAUUGUCAGUGUGAACAUAUGCUACUCAUUAAAAUGAAGGUGCCAGAGGAGGAAUUAAUGAGCGACAUCCUGAAGCGGUUAACAGGAGAGUCUGCACUGCCUGCGUACAGCAACAUAGAGAAGUUCAAACGAGGGAAGGACGGCUCAUACUUUGUGGCCGAGGACUUCAGUGAGACUGUGAAGAAAAGAGAGUUGGUCAACGCCAAGGAGAGACUGAGGAUCAGGAACUUGAACACCAUGUUCUCCCGCUUGAAGCGCAUGGUGCCAAUAAUGCGACCAGACCGUAAGCCCAGUAAAGUGGACACACUCAAAGCUGCGACGGAAUACAUUCGAUUGCUUGUUGCAGUUUUGCAGGAUACUGACAGAGAUGAUGGCAGUGGGACUGAUUUCCUAAAGAAUGCAAUCACUUAUGGUCAGACUGAAUGCCUGAGCAAUGACCUAUGGAGAAUGGAUGAUCUGCUGAACGUGUCAGAGGAGUGCAUUGAGGAUGGAUUCACCAUGCCCUCAGAGCCGGUAUCAGAGGACGGAGAUAUGACCAGACUGGUGUUGCAACAUUGUGUUAUGCCUGGAUACCAGUUCAUCAUCCAAGUAGCUCCUGAUCAGACUUUGAUGUCUCAACCCUGCUGAGUGGUGUUUAGAGCGGAUAUUGGAAACCUGCCAGGGGCCUGCUAAAGAAAGGAUUAACCUCGAAGAAAAUGCAAUUUUAUUUGUCUUAUUUAAUUUUACUUUUGAAGUUUACAUUUUGUUUGAGUCAAAAUGAAUGUUUUUAUUUUUAUUGUGCAAACUGUAUCCUUGGCAGCCCUUAAAUAAAAUGUACAAGACAGCUUCCUUUUUUAAAGUUUACGUCUGAAAAGGUUUGUUUUCUAAGUCUAAAGAUCAAAUGAUUAUUAUCAGCUUUGAUGAAUUGUCCUUUGAAGGAAGAGAUUUGUGCUAAGAGGACAGGCAUUUUUUUGUUACGUUUCUGCUACAUUUCUGCUGUUGAUUUGUCCUUAUAACUGAAUGCUGUGUCAUGCUUAAAGCUUUAAUUUAAUCACACUACUACCUUGUACUAUUUUUGUGUCAAAGAUACAACUGAAAAUAUGUAAAUGUAUGAUGAAUUUUGUAAUGACGCACUGUGACCUGUGUCUUUAUUAAAUCCAUGGUGUCACUUCAAACAUA